AUGGCAGGCUUCCUGUAUCUUGGCAGCAUCGCCAAGCAUGCCGCCUUACCAGUGGCAGCACACGCGCUUCCGCCUACCGACGACGCAUCUGGCAUGGCGAUCCCGCCGAGUCGAGAUCGGUGGUAUCGCGCCGUCGACGGGCUCCGCCCACCACAGAACGGCGGCCUGAUCAAAAUUCGGGCUGCGCCAGGCAACCUAUCAUCGAUGCUGCGCAACCUGGACUGGUCAGACCAGAUCCUGUAUCGUACUCUCGACGCAAAUGGGACGUCAACUUGGGCCGUCACCACCGUGCUCGUCCCCAAGACUGCGGACCCCGCGCGGCCCGCGGUCGUGUCUUACCAAAUGUCCCAGGACUCGGCCUCUCUCGAUGCCAGUCCCAGCUAUCUGCUAUCGACGGCCAACGAGAAUGUACGAUAUGACAUUCUGGACCGCAUGUUGCUCAAAGGUUGGCAAGUGGUCGUCCCAGACUACGAGGGUUCGUUGGCCGCCUUUGGAGCGGGCAAACUGGCCGGACACGCGACGCUCGACUCCAUCCGCGUCGUCCACUCCCUCGCCGACGAGCGGUAUGGCAUGAACAAGACCAAGGCUCUCUACUCCGCCUGGGGAUAUUCCGGCGGCGCUCUCGCCACAGCCUGGGCAUACAAGCAAUGGUUCGGCCACGCCAACGAGCUCGGCGACCGACUCACCUCCUACGUGAUUGGAGGCUUGCCCGCCGACCUCCUCGAGACGCUGCAUUCGCUAGACGGAACGAUGGGCAACGGGCUCGCCAUCAACGCCAUCUCCGGCCUGAUGAGCCAGUACCCCCAGUUCAACGAGACGAUCCGCUCCCACGCCAAGACCACUGGCCCGCUCAACAUCACCGCCUUUGACCGGGUCAAGACGCAGACGUUCAGCGAGUCCCUCAUCAGGUACGCUCGCCAUAACAUCAGUGACUACUUCGUCGGUGGCCUGGACGCGGUGGUCCGGGAAUUACAGAAAGUCGGUUUCGACAAGGAGGUUUCGCUGCUGGACCUGCCGGAGGCGCUGCCGCGCGACCUGAACAAGCACGCGAUCCUGCUGUACCACGCGCUCGCCGACGAGGUCGCCCCGAUCAGGCCCGUCGACGAGCUAGUCAGAAACUGGUGCAAUGCCAGCCACAGGAUCGAGUUCCACCGGCUGCAGGGAGGCGGACACGUCCAGAAUGGUGACAGGGGGAUAGAAUCUGCGAUAGAAUGGAUCACGGAACGGUUCAGGUCGGGCUUCGAGACGGGAGCGCAGGGAAGGAUAAUACCAUAG